AUGACGUUUAUAUCUUCACAAGAUGUUGAAACUGAUGUUAUGCUAGACGUUUCGUCUUCUAAAGACAUAAAUGCAGAAUGUACAUUAUCAUCUUUUGAUGAUGUAAAACAUAAUAUGACAUUUCUAACUUCUCAAAAUGUAACAACAGGAUUUUUAAAUUUUAAAGAUGUGGAACCUGCUGUAUCAGCAAUUUUAUCAACCAAUUCUGAGGACAAACAACAAAAUGGACUUGAAGAAAAGCUAACACUCUCUGAAGACAAAACAUAUCACUCUGUUUAUCCUCAUGUUCGUCAUGAACAGUUUUUUCAAAGAUCUAACUUGAAUAAACAAGCUCAAGUAGGGGAGAAGCCACUUGAAUGGUUUUUAAGGAACUCUGAUUUAACGAAACACAAAAGAAUUCAUUCAGGAGAUAAACCAUUUGAAUCUGAUGUUUGUCAUGAAAAGUUUUCUAUCAAAUUUAAUUUUACAAAACACAAAAGAGUUCAUUCUGCAGAAAUGCCACAUGAAUGUGAUGAUUGUCAUAUAAAGUUUUCAGACAGUCCUACUCUAAACAAGCACACAAAAAAUAAUUUAGAAGUUAAGCCUUUUGAAUGUCACAAAAGAGUUCAUCCUGGUGAUAAGCCACAUGAAUGUGAUGAUUGUCAUAAAAAGUUUUCAGACAAUUCUACUUUAAACAAGCACAAGAAAAUUCAUUUAGAAGUUAAGCCAUUUGAAUUUGUUUUUUUGUCAGAAAAGGUUUCAGGGAUGUGA